AUGACAGAAGUGGCAGGUUCGGGCAAGGUGGACUUGAGUCGUUGUGCGUUAGGGGAGUAUCCCAAGCUCCCUGGCCUCAGUCAUUCGCUCAGACUCUCUCUCUCACACACACACACACACACACACACACACACACACACACAGUCCCCCACACAGGAGGUAUUGCUCACCAGUGCCGACACACACUAACUCACACUGUGGGGAAGGGGACAACAGCAAGACAUCAGAGGUAACCAAAACAAGGGAGGUGGGGGGGGGAGUGGUGAGAGGUAAGAGUGCAACAGAGGACACAAGAGCUACAAGAGAAACAAGGCGGGAAGAGAAAAGAUGACUAUUGGCAAGAACUCCAGGAAAGGCUCAACCAGGAGCUCCAUCCGUGCCCCAAAGUUUCUGGAUAAAUCCAGCGGCUUCUACGGUCGCCUUGAUGAGCCUGAGACCGCCGCAGACGGGGAGGAGGUGAGAGGAAAUGAAGUAGAGGAGAGAGGGAACGGGAACGAAGACGGCAGCAGAGAAAGGAGCACCGUGAGUUGCCCAGCCCCAAAUGUGGUGCAGGAAUCUGGGGCAGAUGAGAAGGAAGAAACGGAGGCAUUUGACUUCAAUGAAGGGGUGAUGGAGGACGAUGGCGAGACUCUCCUGCGCAGGAAGCCCAGCCGCCGCAGCAGCAGGUGGAGAAGAAGCUCAAGGAGGAAGCAGAAAGAGGGGAAAAUAGAGGAGGAUGCUGCCCAAGACGAGAGACCCAGCCUGGGCAAGCAGAGUCCGGCCGAACCCCAUGGCCAGGAGGGCACCGGGGUGAUGACUGAAGUAGAGAUGGAGAAACUGAAGAAGAUGGGGGAAGACAAUGAGAAGGCGGGAAGAGGGAAGGAGCCUGUGCUUGUGCACUUCCCGGUCCGGGAGGAUGAGGACGACCAGGUCCUCAUCAGAGACAAGAAGAGGGGGAGGGAAGAGGAGGGAGAGGAGGAGAGGAGGAUGAAGAGAGAGCAGGAGGAGGGGAUGAAGGUGGUGAAGAGGACCACGAUGAAGAAUUACCGCAAGGCCUUGGACCGGGCAUUUCGCCGUGGCUGGGAGGCUUUCAUCACCAACCUCUACAGUGUCACGCUCACACCCGAGACAUCGCCCUCGCCGCCUUCCCCUUCGUUAAAUAAGAUGUACCAGCAUAGCUCUGUGUUGGCUGAGUUUCGGUAGUACUGGAGACCAUGAAUGGACGACAGAACCAAGCCCCUUUCUAAUAAUAUACUUUGUUCAAAUCAUAAUUAUGCUGAAUUUGUGAUGGACAUCCCCGGCUCUAUGACUGUGCCAUCACAUGGGACUUUCAGAGCCACAUUGUGUGGUUGAGUCAUGCAUUAGGCCUCAGAAACAUUAAUUAUUCAUGGUAGUUGCUGAGUCUUAAUUGCACAACAUAAAGUUUACUGCCUUUUUAUAUGAUGGUGCUAAUUAGUUUGCACACAGAUUGCAGAUGAUCAGUUUUACCUUAGGAGCUGGGGGAGCCAAGAUGUUGAUUUUACAUUGACGUCAAUGGGACUGGUUGGAAUUUUUAGGUCCAGUCUUUACGUGACUGAGUUCAGCUUAUUCUGGUUUCCCUCUUCCAUGUUGCUAAUUUUAGUUAGUGGUAUAAGAAUGUCUUAACACUUUGCAUCCAGUCCACUUGCAAGAGCUCGGAGAACAAAUGAUCUCCGCUUCCUUUGGUUUGAACACUAUGAAACGGGUGACGUGUUGAUGUGUCAGCGAAAAGGAACGGAAACAUUUCCAGAGUAGCGAUGACUGAUCAGUGGACCUUUGUUCUAAUGUCAAUCCCCUAUGGUAAUCAGUGUCAUUUAUUGCUGCCUGGCACCUAAUCAGUAAUCAGCUAUAGUUAAUGAGAGGAGGACUAACAGACGCAAAUGCACCCGACUAGUCCGCAUCUAGAAACUGUCAUGGUGACUCACAUUAAAACACAAAUUUGUAAGAUUUGUGUGGAAACUGCCAUUUUACCAGGUUUAACCCAUCUUAACAAAGGUUGUUCCUCUCUCUCUCUCUCUCUCUGUGUGUGUGUGUAUGUGUGUGUGUGUGUGUGUGAGAGAGAUAAGUGUUUGACUUCCUCAUGGGAUAAAGUUCAUCCCUAUUUGUGUUCUGGUGAAGGUUAUUUAACUUGAUUGAACAAGACAGGUGAGUGUUUGCAUGGGUGUGUUUGAGAAAGAGAAAGAUAGAGAAACUGUUUUUAUAACCCAGUUAUGAGCUUGUACUAAACACAGCGACAUCAUGUCCUGCCUUUUGUUUGUUUGAUCGAAGCUGUGCUUCAAGGUUUAUUUUUGUAAUUUGAAAAUCCCACCUACCUUACAUCUCAAAUAGUAUUUAAGAAUGUUAAUGACUGACCAUUGUUAAAAUGUAAAACAAUCCUGUUUAUAAUAAACCUGCUGUAAUAUCCUG